GAGUUUGUGAGAAAGAGGAUAACAUUACACAGUUACACACAGUAGCAGUAUCGAAGCUCCAUCCAAAAAUGGAGGUUUUAGCAGUUCGCAUUCCUCCAUUAGGAGAGAGGAGAUUCCUCUCUCAUUCCUCCUCAAACCUUGUUUAUCUCUCUCCAUCUCCAUCUUCUUCACAAUUCACUCGAUUCUCCACUAUUCAAUUCAAUUUCAGAAACUCUAGAGUGAAGUGUCGAACUAGUAUUGGCUUGCAGGAGAAGCUUCCUGUAGUUGAAGAUGGUGCAGUAGAAGACGAACAAGGAACGUACGAAGAUCAAUUUCUGUCGUCGUCGUCGUUUCUCUCUCUUAGUGAGAAGCCAGAUAGGACUCUAGCGUUGCUCGAUGACUAUGAGAUGGAGGAGAGUGAUUUUGACCCUAACCAUCGAAGUGGAUAUGUGGCUGUUGUUGGAAAGCCUAACGUUGGAAAAAGCACCCUAUUAAACCAAAUGAUUGGCCAGAAGCUGUCAAUUGUCACAGAUAAACCGCAGACUACCAGACAUCGAAUCCUCGGUAUAUGUUCUGGCCCAGAUCACCAGAUUAUACUUUAUGAUACACCUGGAGUUAUUGAGAAGAAAAUGCACCAAUUGGACUCUAUGAUGAUGAAGAAUGUCCGAAGUGCUGCCAUCAAUGCAGAUUGUGUAAUUGUCGUGGUUGAUGCGUGUAAAAUGCCAGAAAAGUUAGACGAGGUGCUUGCGGGUGUAGGGGACUUGAAGGACAAGUUACCGACCUUACUUGUUUUAAAUAAAAAGGAUCUCAUCAAACCUGGUGAAAUUGCUAAAAAACUCCAGUGGUAUGAAAAGUUCACUGACGUGGAUGAGGUUAUACCUGUCAGUGCUAAACAUGGACAUGGAGUUGAGGAUGUCAAAGAUUGGAUUUUAUCAAAACUUCCCCUCGGUCCACCCUAUUAUCCAAAAGACAUUGCUAGUGAACAUCCUGAAAGAUUUUUUGUAGCUGAAAUAGUUAGAGAGAAAAUCUUUCUGCAAUACAAGAAUGAAGUUCCAUAUGCAUGCCAGGUUAAUGUGGUGAGUUACAAAUCAAGGCCAGCUGCAAAAGAUUUUAUUCAAGUGGAAGUUGUUGUUGAGAAGACUUCGCAAAAGAUGAUCCUUAUUGGAAAGGACGGACGAGCACUGAAAUUACUAGCGACUGCUGCACGCCUUGACAUAGAAGACUUUUUGCAGAAAAAGGUGUUUUUAGAGGUGGAAGUCAAAGUAAAAGAAAACUGGAGACAAGAUGAAGUACUUCUUAAACGCUACGGAUAUGGUGGUAAAAUUCAAGUUUUGUAGUUUCAGUAUUCAUCUUCAUCUUCUUCAAUGGCUGUAGACCUGUAGUUCUCCAUCGUUGUUCCGAGGAGUGCGCUUUUCAUGUGAAAAGACCAGGUGGAGAUCCCUGUACCUGUUCUCUAUUUAGAUUGUAGAUAUGCAGCAUUUUUUUUUGUCAUAAUCAUUAGUUGCUUCUACAUAUUCUCUGUUCUAUUAUCUGUUUCUUCCAACAUGUUCCUUAAAAUCUUACCCAGAUAUUCAUUAAAAAACAUUACAAUAAGAA